AUGGUGGUCGCCGGGCUCGAGACUUCAACCGCUGUCAGCGCCACGCACCAGAUGAAGGCGCCGUCGCCGAUGCUGUGCGCGACCGACGCCGGGAGCUCCACGCGCCGCAGCGAGACGCAGGAGGCGAACGCUCCGGGCCCGAUGCUGGUGACCGAGGACGGGAAGUCUAUCGACUCGAGGGAGCUGCACCACGCGAAAGCCUGCUGCCCGAUGCUGGUCACGGAGCUCGGAAGCGUCAACGACGUCAGGGAGCUGCAGUCUCGGAAGGCCCAGGCGCCGACCGAGACGAUCGUGUCUGGGAAGUGGACUUCGGUCAAAGGACCUGCAGAACGCAAACGUGCCACGCUGCAGGACGGUCACCGAACGCGGGAUGUUGAUUGA